AUGAAAAUCAAUAUGAUAACACCCAAUGCAACACUCAAACUAUGCCAGUAUUUUAUCUCUCAAACAGUACUUGAUUCAGCAAUUUAUUUCAUUUUAACCGAACCUACAAAAAUUAUUGCAGAAAACUUCCCAGGAAAUUCACUUCGAAAGGGAGGACUAAGUACACAACACGUUCAAUUUUAUGUACAUGCAGUUAAUGAUAUUAUAUUCGAUUCCAAAACAUCCCAGCAUUUGAUAUUCUUUGAUUUACAAAAUUCAAAUGUUGUUUUCAAUUUAAUAACAGAAUCAUUUAUUCAACAUUUGAUUGCAACUGAUUGCAAUAUCACAAUUAAUAAAGAAGAUAGUGACUACUCUGCUUUGUUCAUUUUUGCAAAUAUUAAAAGAUCAAAUAUAUACACAGGAGAAGGUAACACAGCUGGUUUUAUUUUUCUGAAUAUAUCUAAUUCAUAUUUAUAUGGAAACUACCAUUUAUUCACUGAUCUAAGAUAUUCUGGAAGUUAUUCUUAUAUUCAAAAUCUUUACAUAAAAGAAAAUUCAUUCAUUACAUUUGCUCAAGCUCAAAAGAAUUCUCUACAAAUUGACAAUUUCAUUGAAGGAACUGAAACAAAUUUAGUUUUUAAAAUCAGAUCAGGAUCUGAUUAUUAUUCCAAUUUUAUUUGCAGCAAACAAAAAGAUUUCUUUAAAUAUCCAAGCUUACGCUUUCCAGAUGCAGAUUCAAUUAAAGUUUAUGAAGUCAUAAGUCAUGAAUCUGAACAAAAAGGUAAUUAUUGUAUUGACUUGAAGAGAGUUGAUAAUAAUCGAUAUAAAGAACAUCUCAAAAUAUGUAUCCCAAUGAAUGGGAAUAAUUGUAAGUCAGGUUACAUAAAUACUGCAACAUUAGAGGAUUCAUAUCCAAAUGAGUCAUCAAGCGUUAAUAUUUUUAUUACUAGUAAUAGUACUAAGACACUUGAUCUGUCAGAAUGCCAUAGUGAUGUAACAAUUGAAUGGAUUGAAUCAAAUUCAAGUAAAUUGAGUUUGGACAUCAAAGGAUCACCAUUCAGAACAUUGCAUAUGAUUGGAAUAGAUGCACAUUUUAAUAAUGAUGUAAAUAGUGAUGAAGUAAUUUUAGAGAAUUCUAAUAUUAAUUCAAAGUAUAUAUUCUCCACUUUAGAUAUGAAAUUUGAUCAAUCAUCUUCCUUCUUGAAUAGUGAUUACAAGGUUGAAGCAUAUGAAUUACUAAAUUACAGUCCUAAAAAGAUUAAUUUUGAAGAUGAUCUAAUUCAAAUCGAUGAAAUAGAGUUUUUAAAUAAGCAUACGGUCAUAAUAAAUAAUGAUUUACCAUUGGACACAGAAAUCAAUCUUAAUUCUCAAUCUCCAAGCAAUGCAAUAUUGUUUAACUCUAAUCCAUUAUCUAUAAUUAAAAUUGAUUCAAAUAUUCAGCUUUCUCAUGAAAAAAUGAAAAUAUUUCCUUGUGGAAUUGUUGUUUUCCGUAAUGCUUCCGGAAAAAUUCCAAUCAACUUUAAUAUAUCAUCAGAAACGCAGUUUAUCAUUCAGGAGAACUCCAAUAUAGAAUUUGACUCAAUUGUUAUUAAUGAUAAAUUAAUUCUCUUACCAGAACAUGACAUUAAAGUUCCUUAUGUUGAAAUGCGGCAGUCAGGAAAGGUUAUUUCGGGAUCAGUUAGAACUAACAACACAUUCAUAGAAUCUUCUAAUUAUACUAAUGUUGGAGAUUUCUCAUCUGAAACAAUUGAAAUUUCAGAAUAUGCAUUUGCAAAAGUAUCUUAUAGUCCAGUUGGAAAGGCAAAGAUUCGUAUUAUAUUUAGUUCUACUUCCAUCCCAUAUAUUUAUAUGAAUUAUAUGGGUUCUAAUAAAGGUGAAAUUGAAUUUUCACCAAGUGAAGAUAUUGAUAUCAGUCCAAAUAUUGUAGAUUUCAAAGUCCCGGUUCUAAAGAUCUCUAAUUCAAAUUGUAAAAAUUGGGCUCGAAACUUUGGCCCAAAUAAAACGAAUCCUAUCAUUGAUGCAAUUUGCGUUAUGGAAGGUAAUUUUACAGUAUUUUAUAUUAUAAAGACUCCCAAAUUUGCAACAUGGAUGAAAGUUUUGAUAAUUGCUUCUGCAUUGAUUGGCAUGAUUUUAAUUGUGAUAGGAUCUUUUAUAAUCUAUGCAAAGCUCAAGAGAAGGAAAGAGCUUAAAUACUUGAACAAGAUAUACGAAGAGCAAUCUCUUGAUUCUUCUCUGAAUGAAAUAUAG